CUUCCCCAGACUCUCUAAUGACAACAACAUCCCCUCAAACUAUGGUCCUGACACAUACAACCGAAGACGCCCAGUAUGUCGUCGUCUGGCGCAUCGCAGCCCACGCCGCCCAGUAAAGCACAAAGCGUCGAUCCAAUAUUGCGCAAUGCGCUCCGCUACACCAUCUCGGCCAAGGAGUAUCAGUUGCUGCACCAGUACCUCCUUUCGCGCGCACCCGUCGUGAAGAAGCGCACUAUACAUCCUAAGCGAUACGACGCGAUUGUCAAGGGUCCGGAUGACUACAACGUAGCCGCAUUCCGCGCUGCACUGCGGUUGGGCGUUGUGACCUUCUCGGGGCUGAAGGCAUGGGAAGUGAUUAGCACGAGGCUCCUUUCGCGGGGAACAGCGAAGAGGAGUCAACCUAGGACAUCGGUCCUCAAGUCACCCAACGUGCGCCUCAGCAGCUCCCUCGCCCUCAUACUGCUAUUCCACCGCCUCCUACGUCGCUUCUUUCUGCGCAUCCGUGAAAGCCUACUCAGCCACGAAGGCAAGUCGUUCCGGCGACGAAACCCGCGCAUAUCUCGUUCCUUGACGUCGAGGUUGGCACCGGCCAUUGGAUCCAGCUUGGCGGGGUUCUUCCUCGCAGUGUACCCCGGGGACCAACUGCGCGUAACAAUUGCGAUAUACAUAAUGACAAGAGCUCUGGAGUUUGGCUACAAUUACUUGGAGGAACUAGGAUACUUCAAGAACAAACCAACCUGGCUUGGUUCCUGGAUGAUAAUGCCAGUGGCAUGUGGACAAUUACUGCACACAUUCGUCUUCGACCGUGACUGUUUCCCUUCUGGCAUGGGCGAUCACAUAUUGAAGAACUCACCAGAGUACAUACAGAAACGACCGAAAGACUACCCAAGCACGGCGCAGUGGCCAGGCACGUUUGAUAUUGUGGACAACCUAGCCGACAUCUCGCGGCAACGCUGGCCAGCUUUCGUAUCACCCAUCCUCUUCCCCAAUGCAGAAACGCUACCAAAACGCCUGUCGUCCAUCUCUCCCAUAACCUCUCCUGCACAUCCAGCCAUCAAGUCCUUGUCGUGCGCCUUACUCCACCCACAAGAUCCUUCCUGUCUGCGAACCUACGUCCAGUACUGGAUCCAAGCCUUUCCCAAAAUCGCCCGUUUUUUCACUCUCUUCUUCGCGGCUAUGAGCAUCACAAAGUACAAAGCUUUCCUCUCCUCGCCCGUCGCCUCAUUAAACAAUCUCGCCAAACGCGUACUGCGCAUGUCGCUCUUCCUCUCUGGUGCUAUAGGAACGAGUUGGGGCUCUAUUUGCCUCUUCCAGAACAUUCUGCCCCGGACUUUCCUCUCCACCCAACGCUGGUUCCUAGGUGGUUUCCUCGGUGGCCUAUGGGCUUUCUUGGAGAGGAAAGGUGGGCGGAGUAAUUUCCUAUAUACAGCCAGAAUGUCGAUUGAUUCACUAUGGAAAGUGGGUGUCAAGAGGAGAUGGUGGAAGGGCGUGAAGAAUGGAGACGUACUGCUUUUUGUUGUUAGUUUGGCAACUGUUAAUGCUUUGUAUGAGGUGUCGCCACGGGCGGUUAACAGUGGUGUUGCGAGGAAGGGAUUAGGUGUGUUGAGGGGUGAGGGCUGGGUUGACAGAGCAGUGGUGCCGACUGAAGGUAAGGGCAAAGAAGGUGCUGACCAGGAGUAAUGAUAUCCAGCUGUUUUGUGUACGAAUACUUUGAAUACUGAACAUGGUGAUGGUGCAUUUUGAAUCUCAAGGUAUAUAUGUAACGUGCU